AUGGUGGAGCUGCUGAAGCACUGCCCCGACGCGGCGGAGAUGGUGGACAGCAAGGGCAGGAACGCCUUCCACGUCGCCGUCACCAGCGGCAAGGUGGACGCCCUCAAGCGCCUGCUCAAGCACGUCCGCCCCGAGGAGAUCGUCAACCGCGUCGACCACGGCGGCAACACGCCGCUGCACCUCGCCGCCGCCCUGUCGCGCGUCCAAUCGGCGCUGCUCCUCAUCAAGGACCGCCGCGUCAACCCCUGCAUCCUCAACCGGGACGGCCAGUCCGCGCGCAGCCUCAUCGAGAAGCGCGGCGCCAGCGGGGAGGAGAUGGACACCUACGAGAUGUACCUGUGGAAGAAGCUCAAGAAGCACGAGGCCUGCAGGUGCCAGAAGCAGCAGCUGCCUCCCAUCGCCACCUACCAGUCGCUGCGCGGCCGGAGGGCUGGCCACGACGAGUACUUCAAGCACAGCGUCGAGACCUACACGCUGGUGGCCACGCUCAUCGCCACCGUCAGCUUCGCCGCCACCUUCACCAUGCCGGGGGGUUACAGCCAGACCGAGGGCACGGCCAUCCACGGACACACGGCGGCGUUCAAGAUCUUCGUCAUCUCCAAUACAGUGGCCAUGUGCAGCUCCGUCGUCGUCGUCUUCUGUUUCAUCUGGGCGUGGCGGGACCCCGUCAAGUUCAAGCUGGACCAGCUCAUGUGGGGCCACAGGCUCACCAUCGUUGCCUGCCUCGCCAUGGUCGUCUCCCUCAUGACUGCCGUUUACAUCACCGUUGCACCCACGGCAAGGUGGCCUGCGUACGUUGUGAUCGCCAUCGGAGCUAGCACUCCCGCCAUGGUGUUCCUCAUUCUUGGGAAAGAGGCAUUGUACAUCCCACUAUAG